CGGCUAUUCUGCUUUUCUGAUUCUGUCUCAAAUGUCGUGAGUUUUGUUGUUGUUACUGUACUACUACUGCCUUAUUUCAUCGUAUAUCAUAUGUGAAUAUAUGAGUAGAUAGCACUCGAAAAUGCCCUCCCCGUCAUCUCUGCUACGUACUUUAUGUGCCAUUUCCCUGCUCGGCCUGACAGCCGCCGCUCCGUCCGUGCAGACUGCCCUAACCAACGGCCCGCGACCGAUCUACGCCAUCGCACACAGAGUUCUCCGAACUGAAGCAGUGACAGCGGCGAUCUCCCACGGUGCCAACGCAAUAGAAGUUGAUCUCCACGGCACGGACGAAUGGUGGGCUGAUCACGACUGCAAGAAAAACAGUGCCGGCGACACCGCCCGUGAGCUCUUCCAGUUCAUCGCCGAAGAGCGUAGGAACGGCGCCAACAUCACCUUCAUCUGGCUAGACAUCAAGAACCCCGAUGAAUGCCCGCAGUACGAACCAUGCUCCAUUCAGGCCCUGCGGGAUCUAGUCCGCGAAACGCUAGAGCCAGUGGGCAUCCGAGCCUUGUAUGGCUUCUACCAAACCGGAGAAAGUCAGGGCUAUAAGGAGAUCCUGCAUUCGCUGAAUCAGAACGAGGCUAUUUCUCUCAGUGGUUCUGCCAGGGAUGUCUUUGAGAUGUAUUUUACUACUUCGCGGUCUCUGCCUGUGAAGCAGAGGAUCAUGGACUAUGGACAUGUCAAUAUUCAGAAGAAUUUCGGAGAUUGCCAUGAGCGUGGGGGAACGACUUGUUCGGAGUUGCGCAAUGGGCGCUCAGCUAGUGAUAGAGGUCAACUGGGGAAGGUCUUCGCUUGGACUAGCACGGAGGGGGAUACAAGAUAUGUGAGCGAUCUGCUGAGUGUCGCUCAGGUUGACGGGAUCAUCUACGGGAAUCAGAAGCAUGAUUAUAAGGACGAAGCCCGUACUAGGAAUGCCUUCUGGGAAAUCCUAGAUUUCGUGAAGGCUAAUCCGGAUACUGUCCGGAUGGCGACGGCGGAUGAUGCACCUUGGUAGGUGAUCUUAUGUUUGGAUCAUUGCUGUCGAUUCCGCUGUUUAUUUCACAAACUUUGAUUAUGAUUAUAUCUUCACUCCUGCAGCUUUGGACGUUUAUUCCUCCCUCGCGCGACUCUCAUCGACGUUAUGUGCCUCUCCAAAAGGCUGCUCCGAGGAGAGACUGCUCGGAGAACGAAAGCGUUGGGUUAAUGAAGGCAUGAAUGGUCAGAUCAAAUCUGCAAAACACUGUAUAUACCCCAUUUCUUUCCAACUGCUAUAGAAGUUCCUGGAAGGAACGGGAAACAAAUCCAUGCUAGCACGAUCCUCGUAAAAAAGAGUCCAGUUAAGCAUCGAUUGAACUCAAGAUGGCAUGACAUUCAUACACUAACCGCUUCAAGGAAGGAGGUCGUGUGACC